UUUUUCUUGUUCAAUUCUCACUCUACUCGUAAAUAGGUCAAAAUAGGUUUGCUGUUAACUGCAUAUGAUCUAGAUACAGCAUAGACGAGCUUUGUUUGCCGAAGCCAUUUUCACAUCUCCCAGCCAAGAAUCCACAUUCAGUCCGCUGGAAUGCUCUCAGUCAAACUCCGAAUGGUGUCUGAGUGUGAACUUAAAAGUACAACCCUUAGUUUAUAAAAUUGAAACAUGAUUGUUUAGAUUGAGUGUGGGACGUAACUGAAGUGCAGUGUUAUUCCGCAUCAGUGCGUUAGCAGAGCAAUAGCAUAACAAAAUCAAUAAUGAGAUUCGGUGCAGAAAGGUGUAUCUAUUGCCUGGGAGCAUUACUGGCAAUCAAUCAGAUUGGAUUACUGAGUGCGGCGGAGCUUACGGAGCAGAAAUACGAUGCAGUCACAACAAGACAAGACCAAAUUCCGGAUGAUGGAGGAGGAAGCAGCAAAGUAUUGUCUAGGAAAAGACGUUUUCUUCAAUUCCCCGAAGGCAGCUCGUUUCAAGUUGUAUACGAUCAAACGAUUCCCGUCGUAGGCAGCACUUUAUUAUUCACGGUUGGUGUAACGGUUGCCCUUGCCUAUCAGUUGCCCAGUAUAUCGAUUUUUGAAAUAUCCAAAAUGCUACGAGAGCAAGUCGCAGAUGGGGUACAUUUAAGGCGGAAAGACGAAAACUUCAAUGACACCACCCUCGUUGACACAAGUACAAAUAAGUACGAGCAAAGUAAUAAACACUCAUACUACUACAACAAUCCUUACGGGAGCAGCCAACAACAGCAGACAAAUGGAACAAAGAACAUUUUGAGCUAUUACAACAACUUGCAGCAGCAGAAUCAGCCACCACAAAUGGGCUACAAUAACCGAAUCCAGUACUACACCAGUUCAAAUGACAGCAGAUAUGGCGCAUAUCAGAGCAGCGCCAACAAUUGGCAGAGCACUCAUCCGUCAUUUUCAUUGAAAGACCUUCCACCGAAUUUUCUAUCACCACACAAUCAUACUAGAAACGAUUGGAAUAGUGUUCUAAGCAAAUAUUUCUUAAACUGGGUGCGGAAACAUCCCCCUAACUACCACCUGAGCAAAAAACGCUUCUAUCCCGUAUUUGGCAAACGCAGCAUUGAAGAGCACACCCAUCCUGAAGACAAAUUCUUCCUGAACCACCAUCGUUCGACGCGACAUGAUCUGUAUUUGCAGAUUGAAAAGUUCCUAGAUGCGAAAGGCAAACAUGGUCACCACUGUGUACUGCGAGCAUUAUGUGAGAGUGGGCAACGACGGAAUGCAAACGAACCGGAUUCGUUCCUAAAGGAGAUCUUGAAGGCUGUUUUCAGUAUGCCAACGACGCAUGAAAAGCCUGUUCAUCACAAACACCGCAUGUAUGACGAAGCCCAUGGCCACGAUGGGGACUGCGCGGAAAAAUUUUCUUAUUGUCAAGAUAGCAUAUGGUCUGAUAGUUUUAUUUUCUGAAGGGUGUAACAUAACAGCACGGAUGCCAAAUAUUUUAUCUUUUAUUUUUUUAAAUAAAACUACGUUUCUUUUUAUACACAUUUCAUUUCCAUGAUCAUAUCAUUUAGUUUGUCGUGGGGUCAAGUUUUCAAUCGUCUUAGACGAUGCCUACCAAUGCAUGAAUAAACCCAAUUUAGCAACCAUC